GCACUAAACAGAAGUACGCAUGUGUACUGCAGUGACGUGUCGAGAAAGUGUCAAGCCGAAGGAUGUAAAAAAUGAUGGAAAUUUUUCCACAUGUAGGCUAGGUUUGCUUGCUCUACUAAAUAUAGGAAUGCGUCCUUAUGUUUGGGAUUUCUGUGUUAGCACCUCCUCACCCGUUAAGUUGAGGACGUCGAUUGUAAAGUCACUUUGCAAGCCGUCGAGCUAGCAACUCGCUAUGUUAGCUCCUGUUAGCUUCCGUUAGCUCUGUUACUUUUGCCGGCCAUAUUUCAUCCACUCGCGACCGGUUCGGGUGUCUGACAGCUGCCGGGAUACACAGCUCCCUGAGACGAAGAUGUCUCGGAGGCGGCUGGAUAGUCGCAGCGGUCUGUCGGCUGGGCUGCUCGCCGAAAUCCAGACACCGAUCAGCACAGAACCGCUGGACAGUGUGUUCGAAGUCACCGGAGAGUUGGGAAGGGGCAAGUUUGCAGUGGUCAAACACUGCAUGGAGAAAUCCACGGGGAAGGUGUUCGCUGCCAAGUUUCUACGAAAAAGGAGGCGGGGUCGUGACUGUCGAGCUGAAGUGAUCCAUGAGAUGGCGGUUCUGGAGAUGGCCCGAAACAACCCCAGAGUGGUCAACUUGCAUGCUGCUUACGAGACAGAUCACGACAUUGUAUUAGUGCUGGAAUAUGCAGCGGGUGGAGAGAUAUUUGACCACUGUGUGUCUGACGAGCUGCUGCCGGAGCCUCAACUCACCCGUCUGAUCAGGCAAACGCUGGAGGGAGUUCACCACCUCCACCAGAGCAACCUCGUGCACUUAGACCUCAAGCCCCAGAAUAUUCUCCUGACAAGCCUGUCUCCUCCAGGGGACAUAAAGAUUGUAGACUUUGGUCUGGCACGCAAAUUGGGUGCGGUUGGUGAACUCAGAGAGAUUCUUGGCACACCUGAAUAUGUGGCUCCAGAAAUCCUCAAUUAUGAGCCUAUCACAACAGCAACCGACCUUUGGAGUGUGGGCGUCAUCGCCUACAUGCUGGUCACGGGCGAAUCGCCGUUUGCUGGCGACGACAAGCAGGAGACUUACCUGAAUGUGUCCCAGGUCAAUGUGGACUACAGCAGGGACGCUUUCUCCAGGGUUUCUGAGCUGGCUGUAGACUUCAUCCGCAAACUGUUGGUCAAAGCGCCUGAAGACCGACCCAGCGCUGCCGAGUGUAUAAGCCACCCCUGGCUAUGGCAGCAGCAGCUGUGCGUGAGCCCCGAGCCCACUUCGACCCGCGCCGUCCGCGAGCGGAGCUGCGGCACCAAGUGGGCCGCUCCACCCGAGGACCCCGAGGACAAGGAGAACUUCCUGGAGUCGCCGCAUUCUCAUGCUAAAAAGUUUCGCUUGGACGAGGAGCCGCUUCUUGGAGAUGGUGACUUAUGAAACCCUUUUUUAAAUGGAUUUUAAGCUUCCAAACGACCAGCAGUUGACUGCAAGAGUCCUUAUUUAUACUUAAUUACAAGAUUAACACAAGCCAAAGAUAAUCAGCUUAUUGAUCGGUCAACACUGA